CUCCUGACCAUCUCUUGAGUAUGCAAAAAUUCCGGACGACAACGCCCUGGACAGGGUCUCCCUGCCAGACAUGAUUCUUGUUGACCCUACGUCUUGUAAUACACUGAAAACAGGUUAACAAUGAGUCUUCCUGCUCCAUGGAUUGCCACGCUCGUGGAGCAAUGCCUAGGCUCCUAUUGCGACCAAAGCCAGUCUGCGCCCGAUGGCAUGGAAGUGGAGGACAACGGAACGACAGUGUGCUUCAGGAGGCGUGAUCUCACGUCCGUGGCUGCUGUUUUUGAAUGGGGUCUAGGAUCCUCGCAUGAUGGCGCACGGUUGAUCGAUGCCGAAAACCAGAUACUCGCGAGGUUCCCUCACGACUUAACGAAUGCGAGCCUUUUGACACCGAAUACACCCUCGAGAGGAACGAAUCCAAAGAAGCAUCGGUUACAGCUACUGGACUUCGCGCUGGUCUUCACAUACUCGACGUCUCCUCCCGAUAUUUGGUUGAACGUCUACCGUUUUCGCAUCAACUGGGAGGAAGGAAUGAUCAAAGGGUUGACGAACAAAAAGACACUGAGAAGGAAUCCGGCUGUCAAAGUACUACUAGACAGAGCUCUUCAGAAAGCAAAAAGCAAGAGACUCUCUUCCAAGCCAAUGGAGGCAAGCACCCUACCCUCAAAAUCACCGAAACCUCUUGAUCAGCAACUUCCCCAGUCCCAAGGUCAUCCUCAUCAUGACACGCAAUCACAGCAGAUGUUCUCACAAAUACUCUCCCGCGAUCAUGAUGUGAUGCAACAUAGUUCGAAUACGAACCGCCGACUACUUCAUGGAACCAAUGAGCUUCUUCAGCAUCUUAAUCCAUCAUCUCGGUCAAGCUCAAGGAACUCAGUAGGACCGUCAUUGCAGCUUCCGGGGCAGACGAUACGUUCUUCGAUGACUAGGGGUCCUCUUUAUGUCCCUGAUGACGGAGAACCCACUGCGAAUGGCAUCCGGCGGUCAGCGUCUCCAGUCGAUGAUCGCUCUGAUCGAGAGGACUCGGUCUCGUCUCAGCCACAAAAUAACACAGUGAACACCUACGAAAGCUUAGAGGUGCCCACUUCUCUAUCUAGAAAAAGUUCUCAUUCACAAAAUGUUCGACAACGAACAACAUCUCCCUUGCUGAACCCGGACGAGCGUGCUGACACUCGGCUCUCUUCUAACGUUGUCAGUCACUCGCCUUCGCGAAAACGGCACCGUGAUAAUGUGGAACUCCAAUCAAACCUCGCGUGUGGUGAUGGUGACUCUCUUCCAUCAACUCAAGGAGUCAACCCCACUGCUUUAUCGAGGAAAAGGCAGCGCAUCAAUGAGACUGUCCAGGAGAAGUCGCCAAUGGUUUCACCUGAUCAGCCGAAGUCUGAACUGUCGCCCCUUGAUAGGAACCAAAGUGCUGAGCGAAAUCUUAAAACUGCAAUCGAUCCCCCGCGAGGUUUAAGGAACCCGUGGCAAGGACUCGCCCAGAUCCGUGUGUGUGAUAUCAAUAUCCCUAAAGACCAGCUCGAACUUCUGGACAGAGACCUUUGCUGGAUCCCACCAGCUCCAGGCAAACCUCAACCUUGUGGGCAUGUGCCGGCUUGGCUUCUCCAGAAAUGGAAUCAUAUUGCUCGGCUUAGACAUGAACGACAGCUUGGAGACACCGGGAAACCCCCGAUUGAAGAAGAUCCCACAACUCCAAUUUCGAGUCGACAGACGAGUCCAUCUUCUGAAGACGAGUCAGUUGAAGAGCUUUGUUCGAAUUGGAGUACUUCCCCUGUGAGAGGUCCCCCAGACUUGCCACCAGAAAGCAGCCCAAUUAGGCAGAAGAUGCCAUUACGGAGGGUUGCAACUCCCAAGGCAAACAGUGAGAAAGAGGCGCUUAGUGAUUCGUCCCGAAUGACAAUCUCGAAAAAGAACUCACAAACACUGGUUCAAAUUCCUGGACAGCCUCAGAGGACGCGGGAAACAUCGACGCCCGAUAUUCCUCUGCCAAGUGAACUUGAAAAAUCGAAAUCAGGUAAUCCAAUGAUCUCUGUUGAAGACACCGUGAAAAAUCCAGAACCUUUCAGCGAUGGGAUGGUACACCGCUCCCCGGCUUUUUCUAGGGUCAAAUCCCUUGAUUCAACACCGUUGGGCUCUGACGCAGGCGAACCUACAACCCCAGACUCCCCAGGAUCUGCUGCCGAGAACUCCGAGGAUGAGAAUCAGUCUGACGAUGCCAGUGAUGAAGAGUCGGUGAUGGAAAACUCGGUACCUUAUGCACUUGGUGAAAGCUUGCCGCAGACCCAACUGGAGCAGGAACUCAUAGCCUCUACUCAAACUCUCUCGCAGGGCAAUAGAGAUCAUGUUCAAGUCUCUGUAACUCCUUCCGUGGUGAACAAUCGACCCCUGGGAAAUAUAGGUAAUAGUUUGAAGAAAUCGGACUCUUCGCAGCCGCAAUUCUCCUCUCAAAGCAACAAAUAUUCUUCGCAAUCUCGAGUCCCAAACACAUAUCCUUAUCUAGGAAGCUCCGAGAAGAGUCAGUCAUGUGAUGACCCAACGACUUCAUCCUCGCUUUGUUCGGGACUUGAUGCGUCUCGAGCCCAAACUGCUGUAUCCCAGACUCAGACCAGUGGCAUAAACUCCCAGUCACAAGACACAUAUGACUCCUCAUCACACGAAGUGGUGUUUGAGUCUUCGGAGCCAAGCCAACACCGCCUCGAUAUUCCUUCUCUGGAUUCAAACCCUCCUGUCGAGCCGUUGAAUCACCCAUUCGCGAGUUCUGCCGGCUCGACUUCCUCACAACCUCCCGAUCAAACCCAUGAGUCCAUGAGCCAGCUCUCUUUCAAUGAACAAACAAGUUCACCACAAUUGUUCUCAAUGAGGCAGUUCGUUUCCUCAGCCGCCGACCCAUAUGAAUCUCCGAUCAAAAGCCCACUGGCAAUCACAGAAGAGACACAGCAGGAUUGUCAAGCUAUUCCCGCCACACAGAGUGCUGAACUAGUUGCUCGGCGGUCGGGCUUCAUCGGUGACUCUCAAAAGUCAGUUGAAGCGCAGGAAGUAUACAAAAAGUUCUGCAAUGACUACCCUGGCUAUGAAGGGGAUUAUGGCCAUUUCACUGAGCUUUGCUGGAAAUUACAGGCUGUUCGAACCGAAGGCUUGCUACGCCGGUCCAACCUGUGGGAUGAUUUCAUUAUCAUGCACAUUCAGCGGUACCCCUCCUAUCUGAACAGCUGCACAACCCAGAUGUCUACUGAGCCACAGAGCUAUGAGGAUUAUUUCACGUCGACUGUCUCUAAAUCAGAGAACAGGAAACGCAGUCUGUCGGGUUACACUAUUGAAGUUGUUGCAUCCCAGUUCGCCCCACCUGCGGCGACACCUACACAGGCUGGCAGCCAGCCAGAUCCUCCCCUCUCUCAGACUUAUCGAGGAGAAGACAUGAACACCUCACUCGCAGCAAGCUUUGUGGACAAGUUUUCCCAAUUUCACACCUACUCUUUCGAAGAACCUCUCAGAAACGGUCUCCCUGUGUUCCAAUCCGGUCUCCCUGCGCUAGACAGUCAUGCCCCAUCUUCCAUGGACACAGGCUCGUCAUCAGUACUCAUCAAGCUCGAAGGCUCAGAGUUUGAUCCGAAUGAGGUACUUUGUACUCAAAUCGCCCCCCUGGGUUCAUUCAACGACAUCUCUGCUGCCUGCAACCCCGGUCCAGGUACUGCAGAGGGUCAACCCACGGACACUCAUAGUAUCACAAACAGCCAGAACAUCAACGUCCAAGACGAACGGGAUGAUGUUAGUAUGGCCGAGGUUGAAGAAACGGAUCAUGAGGAGCUCGACGCCGAUGACACCCGUCAUGAGACUGCCAGUGUUGAGCUCGGUGAUGAGACCUUUAUCUCAGCUGUCCCUCAACCACAAACAGAUGAAGCCGGUGAAAUGCAGCCCGAAUGCGAAGACGAGGAUGAAGGAGAGAACUGGUUCGCCUCGCUGCGACAUAUUCGAUCCAGAGAUAAACCCGUCUGGUCCGACCACCCCAGAACCCCAUUCAAAACUUGGGCCGAGGCUGAUCAGAAUGUGCUGAGCGAGCGACGGCGUCGCGGGGGAGCUAAGAUCCUUCUAGACGAGAACGGUGUAAUUCGCCGGCCAACUCAUCGUUGAUUUAGUUUGCUUGGCAUUUUGGUCCUCGAUUGGACCUGUCCAUCGAGGAAUGAGCUCCCAAUAUUAGUUCUCCACGCGACGCUGGCGACGCUAUCAGAAUCAGGAACAAAUUUCGGGGUUUUGACCAAGCGGUGAAUCAAGUCCAAGUUUCCAUUUUUUAUUGUACAUUAACAAUGUUAUCCUCUACGUCAUAAGAGCCAUGCCCUGUCCGUAGCGUCGCAAUCCAUGACGCUAGCAGUAUGUCUAUUGUAAAUAGCUGCGCCAUUAUUAACGGAACGCAAGCCAUCAUCAAGGUGGAUGUGAAAUGAGUGAGAUCCACAAUGGAGCCAGGGGGUCUAACGGGUUCAGUGGACAAAUUAUUGAAAUCAAUGACUAGCCAUUGAACUCUAUAAUAGAUUUUCAUCGAUCCACGA